AUGCCGCGAUAUACCCCAGGCCGUGUGUGGUUCAAGGGGUCUUCCACCUCGUCAAGCUCCACAUCGACCCGCAGCCACGAGUCCAGCCUUUCUAGCCAUUCCAGCCACACUCAAUACACCAACGUCACUUCAUAUAGCGACACCAAACCGGUCGUCAAGUAUUCCAGCAACUACCAAGAAUAUGAGGUGACGGACGAAUCAUCGUCUUAUGAAGACGAGAAAGAUGUCGAUCCCCGAGCCUCCAUCGAAACAUAUGCUUCUGGCGCUUCCACCGAUGCUUCCGAGCAAGAGUCAUCUAAACCUCCUAGCAUAUAUCCCUUAAUGAGAUCGGUCUGUUAUCACCCCGACGCCAUUGCCACCACUCCCCCCGAGUUUGGAGAAUUGUUCCCAUCAACAAGAAGGUUCCUCAUCCAACACGACGACACGACUCCCGACGGCAACCUCAAUCUUCGACUCGACACCGAAUUGACCGUUUCCAAGGGUCAAAAACUGAAAUUGACACUCUUCCACCUCCGCAUGUAUGAUCUUGCUGAACGUCAAUUCUCACUUCGUCGAUAUCAGCGGCAGUCGGGUCGGGAAGUUUGCAACACCAAACGAAAAUAUCUGAAACCUGUCACCAAAGGGUCUUCCUCACCCAAGAAGCGUUCACUGUCCAGCACCUUCAACAGGAUGAACCUCAAGUCGUUGGCGGCCAAGCCCCGACCGAAGACGUCAUAUGAGGCUGAGGACGACGAUUCCGAGGAUGAUCUGGAAUUCUUUGCCGCUCAUGCAGACGUGAAAGCCACCAUUCCCACCAACACAGUCCGGCUCGAAUUCUCGAAUUACGCCCAGGUCGAAUUGGAACGGUGCAGGAGAGGAGACGGCAAGAUGUAUGACUUCGAGUACUGGGGUGGAAGGUACACCUGGAGACGGAAUGUCUAUCAAGACGAGUCCGAGAUGGUGUUUUCCUUUGAGUGUGUGAACUUGGCCACAGGGGCGUGUGUUGCUCAUGUUACCCCCGACAAGUUAUCGCCCAAGCAAAUCCGAAGAGAAGCUGCUCAGGGAAGUUGGGUGCCGCCGUGCAGUAUGCGGAUCACGGAGAAGCAGAUGUCGAGUGACCUGGCGGAUGUCAUUGUCGCAACUGGCCUGGUCACACUUACCGAUGACUGCAUCAGAAGAAAGUGGCCCGAAGCUCACCGCUCCUAG